AUGUACAUCGAUCUUGAGAAGCGCGCAAUACGCUGUUACUACCAAAACGGCCGCCGCUACUGCCAGCAGUACAGGUCGGCCUGGAGCGACUGGGCCCGCUGGGUCGUCCUAGUCGUCCUCAUCGUCGGCUUCCUUCUCCUCUUCAUCCUGUGCUCCUGCAUAACCGCGCGCCGCCGUCGCAAGGCCGGGCAGAAUCCCUACUACGGUACCGGCUGGGCCGCGCGCCACGGCCCCGUGACCUACAACCCGAGCAGCACGACCGGCACGAACCCCUCCGGCACCUACAACGCGCAGCCGUACUACAACAACAACGCAACCACCGAGCACAACGCCGCGCCGCCCUACAGCCCGUCGAAUCAGGGUUACUACGGCCAGAGCCAGGGAUAUGGCGGCCAGCAGAGCGGCAUUGAACUGCAGGGUAGCAAUCUUCAGAAUCCGCAGCCGACGUAUCAACCGCCGGCUGGGCCGCCGCCGGGGAAGCAAGGCUUCUAA